UUAAACACUGUUGACAAUUUUCAUCACAGAAACUGGAUAUCAUUAUGUAUUUAGGACUAAGGACUUCCAUGUGUUUUUCUCCAUAAUCUCUUUGCUUUCCCUUACUGAGUGACAAACAAAACUCAUAAAACAAAGUACUCCUUUAUUCUCGGGUAGAUGGAACUAAGAGAGCGAACAAACAGCAGUAAUGCACUUGCUGUAGAGAAGAGGAAAAAAAACAACAUUCCAAGAAAUUUUGUUAAUACACGCCAAUGCAGUUUUAUAUGAGAAGGGAUAGUUCCAUUCAAGAGAAACAGCCAUUUAUCCAGGACAUCUGCAGUGAAGAAAACAUCUCAGAUCUCACAUCCAGCAAGGGCUGGCUACAGCCUUGGCUACGAAGCUACCAACCAGUUACACUCAUUUACAAGAGAGAAACAGGCAGACAAAAGGUGAGAGCCGAUAAUCAUCAUGGCAUCAGCAAGUCUGCAGUUCUUUGCUUUUAUUCUGGCUUUGUUCGGUGUUUUUGGAGAUAUCACAGCCACCUUGCUACCAAACUGGAAGGUAAAUGCAGAUGUUGGUUCAAAUAUCAUAACAGCUAUAACACAGAUGCAAGGACUUUGGAUGGACUGUACAUGGUACAGCACUGGGAUGUUUAGCUGUACCCUGAAAUACUCGGUUCUCUCUCUCCCCAUCUACAUCCAGGCUGCACGGACGACCAUGGUACUGUCUUGUAUCCUAUCAGCCUUUGGGAUCUGCAUCACUACAGUUGGAAUGAAAUGCACAAAGUUGGGAGGGGACACAGACAGCAAAAGUCAUGCUUGCUUUGCUGGAGGAGUCUGCUUCAUUCUUGCAGGAAUUUUUGGAUUAGUACCAACAUCCUGGUAUACAAGAGAAAUUAUUUCAAGUUUUCUGGACCAGACCAUUCCCGAGAGCAGUAAACAUGAACCAGGAGGAGCAGUUUAUACUGGAUUCAUUUCAGCAGGGUUUCUGCUUAUCGCAGGGGUGAUCUUCUGCACUUCCUGUUUUAAAAAGCAGCAAGGAGCAUGGAUUUACCCUCCAAAGCAGCACCAUUUCUCAUCCACAGAGCAGGAGAGCAACGCAGGUUACAACCUGAAGGACUAUGUGUAAAUACAGUUAAUUCUAUCCACUGAGGGGUUUUUUGUGCUGUGUAGUUUGAUUAUUUCAAAGAAUGUAUAACCUAGCACUUAACUUUUCUUACAUCUGGGUUGCAGUUACGUUUAAGCAAGGUAUUUAUAGCAUCACCCACAACAAGAAUGAAGUAGGAAAUGAUGUUUAAGUCUGCUACAAGAAUAUUUUUGUUGAUUUUUCAAACCAUUCUUUUUGACUUUUUCAGUAACAUUUAUUGAAGAAAAAGGAACUAUUUUAAAAUAUAACUGACAGUACAAUUAAUGUACUGUUGGCUUGUUACAGCAAAGAUGCUUAAAAAAUAACUGCUUUCUAUUUAGCAAAUCAGGCUAUCAAGAACUAUAUAUAAUGUUUUAUAGUAUAUUUUACAUUUUUAUCUUUAAUUAUGAUACAAAGAAAAAAAUCCCAACCACUCUUUGUCCAAGAAGCCCAAUUCAACAGUUUCUAAAUAGCAGACACAUGUGCCUUUCAUUUUCAGUUCUAAAUUGCCUUGGUAACUAGAGUUCUUUCCUUUUUUUU